AUGAAGUACGCAGUCUUCACAGGCUUGCUGGCUCUCGCUGGCGUACAUGCCAAGUCUACCUCCCACGUCGAGGAUGUGUUGGUAGAGAACCUCCACAGAGUCCCUCAGGGCUGGAAGGAGGUCGGCGUGCCGGCCCAGGACCGCAAGCUACACUUCCGCAUUGCUGUUCACUCGCCUGACCACGAUCUUUUCGAGCAAGCCCUGCUGGAAAUCUCAACCCCCAGCCACUACCGUUAUGGGCAACAUCUCAAGCGGGACGAGUUGAAGCAAUUGAUCAAGCCUAGAGAAGAAUCCACCAACGCUGUCUUGUCUUGGCUGGAGGAUUCGGGCAUUCCCUCCGAAGACAUCGUAGACGAUGGAGAAUGGGUCAACUUUUUGGCCACCGUUGCUACCGCCGAGGACAUGUUGGACACCAAGUUCAAGUCCUACCAGAACGUGAACCGCCCCGAUGUCAAGAAGAUCCGCACGCUUCGUUACUCUGUUCCCCAGGCUGUUCGCGAACACAUCGACUUGAUCCAGCCGACCACCCGAUUCGCCCAGCUCCGUCCCCAGAGCAACAACAUUCACGACCAGGAAGAGGUCCCAUUCACGACUGCUGCAGUGAAUGCUACUUGUGGCACUUCCAUCACCCCUCAAUGUUUGCAGGAUCUGUACAACUUCGCCGACUACAAACCUGGAAACGCGUCUGUUCUGCUCGGCGUGACUGGAUAUCUGGAGCAAUAUGCCCGUUACAAGGAUUGGGCUCAGUUUGCGAGCACGUUCGCCCCCGACGCUGCUGGAAGCAACUUCACCUGGUCUUCCGUAAACGGUGGUCUUCUUGAUCAAAGUGCCACAACCUCUAGUGUUGAAGCCAACCUCGAUCUUCAGUACACAUUGGGUCUCGUUGCACCAGCUGUGAAGGUCAACUUCUACAGCACAGCCGGCCGUGGCAUUCUGGUCCCCGACUUGGACCAGCCAACUCAAGAUGACAACGACAACGAGCCCUACCUUGAUCUCUUCACCUACCUCAUCAACUUGCCCGAUGAGAAGCUUCCGCAAGUGCUAUCCACCUCCUAUGGCGAGGAUGAACAGAGUGUGCCACCGGAGUACAACAAGAAGGUCUGUGAUAUGAUUGGACAGCUCGGCACGCGUGGUAUGUCUGUCAUCUUCUCCAGCGGUGAUACUGGUGUUGGCUCGGCUUGCCAAACCAACGACGGCAAGAACACCACUCGUUUCCUGCCCAUAUUCCCGGCUGCUUGCCCAUACGUCACGUCGGUUGGUGGCACCACCGGAGUCAACCCAGAAAAGGCCGUCUCUUUCUCAUCUGGUGGUUUCUCGGAUUUGUACGAGACUCCUGCGUACCAGAAGACUGCAGUGUCCGCGUACCUUGGGAAAUUGGGCAGCCAAUGGGAGGGUCUUUACAACCCGCAGGGCCGUGGCUUCCCUGAUGUUGCUGCUGCGGGUACAAGCUAUCGCGUUGUGGACAAGGGCGCUCUCAUCUCGGUCGGUGGAACAAGUGCCUCAGCCCCGACGUUCGCAUCUGUCAUUGGUCUUCUGAACAACGCUCGUCUUUCUGCCGGAAAACCUUCUCUGGGAUUCCUAAACCCCUGGCUGUACCAAUCCGCCUCUGGCUUCACCGACAUCACUCAAGGCGGCUCUAGAGGCUGCACUGGAAGGAGCAUCUACUCUGGACUCCCAGCACCGUACGUUCCGAACGCUUCGUGGAACGCGACAGAGGGCUGGGACCCGGUUACUGGUCUGGGCACGCCUGAUUUUGGCAAGUUGCUCAAGCUCACGCAAGGUGGUGGCUACGGUACCGGGCGCCGGGGCCUUGACGGAAGGGUCUAA